AGAAUCCAAGAUCACAUCACUCUUCUGGGACGGAAGUGAGCUCUCUUGGCUUUGUUUUAAAUCUCCUGAGCUUGGCAAAGUGUCAACUACUGCCCACUCUGGGAAGGCCGAUAAGGAGAUGAGCACUCUAACAAACCCCCAAUACCUCUCUGGCCCCUGAAUGUGCCAAGCCAAAGGGACUCGGGACAGAUCCUUACCAUGUUUGUGACCGCAGCAAUUCCUCAGGCAUUGUCUACUCCAGGCUGGCAGAUUGAGAAGAAAUAUUCGACCAGAGUGCUCACUGGGAACUGGGUGGAGGAAAGGAGGAAGUUCAGCAAAGCCACUGACCACACCCCACAGUGCAUUUACAGGAAGGAAUAUGUCCCCUUCCCAGGCCACAGACCAGACCAUAUUUCCAGGUGGUACUCGAAAAGGAUAAUGGAGGAUCUCCCGUACAAACACCUGAUCACCCACCACCAGGAGCCCUCAAAUCGCUAUCUGAUCAGCACCUAUGAUGACCACUACAACCGACACAAUUAUAACCCGGGUGUCCCCGCCCUGCGUACCUGGAGUGGACAGAAAUUGCUGUGGCUGCCAGAGAAGACUGACUUUCCUCUUCUUGCGCCCCCCACAAACUACGGACUGUUAGAGCAAAUGAAGCAAAAGUGGCAGGCACCCAAGACUGGCCUGCGGGAAAGCAUUUAUACUACGUCCUACACCAGGCUGCCGGUGUGUGCUAUGUCCAGGAGGGAGCAUGCCAUCCCAGUCGUUGCCCCUCGGCUACACCCCAUCCCACGCCUCUGAGGAGUACCACUGCAUUUGCAGACCAGCCAGAGCCGGCAAGAGAGACCGGACUUGUCGGAGAGCAAGCAUCUGCAGAUGUAGCCCAAGAAUUAAUUAUGGACCAUUGUUAUGGGGGGGGGAGUAUCUUGGAAUCAUGAUGUGUAUUUUAUGGUACCGUCUCUGUAAACUCACUGUUUUUGUUCCCACCCCAUAAAUUAAAGCUCUUUUACACAA